GGGAGCUGCAUUGGUCUCCUUCCCGAGACGCCCGCCCGAUGUGCGAACCUGCCAUGGCAUGGGUUGUGCAAGCUCCGUGGCGAGAGGACCCAACUUGCCGCAGCACGACGUCUGCGUGACCUGCACCUCGCCGGUCACCUCCGGCGAGGACUUCGCCCGCUUCUUCGGGGAUUGGAUCAUGAAGGCCUGCGCUGAGAUGAAGCUGAGCUGCAUUUCUUCCCGGCCCCAGCUGGGCCCCGAGCUCCCCAAGGAGGGCUCCCAGCUGGAGCGGCAUCUGCGGCAGGCGCUUGUCUACUCCCGGGUGGCGGUCUGCAUCAUGAACAUGUCCAAGGGCUGUGAGAUGCCACCGCCCGGGUACAAGGCGGAGGUGACUUGGGCGGACCAGCGGAGCAUCCCAUUGGUUCCUUUCUAUGAUGCUGACCGCUAUGACUGGAAGGAGGUGGCAGCGUGGAAGGCCCAGCUGCCCAAGGCCUUCCGCAGCGGCCUGGGCCCGGUGCGCUACAUGCGCACCGCUCACGAGGAGGCGAAGCAGCAGCUGCAGAGCGCGCUGCAGAAGGGCCUCAAGGACUUGGAGCAGCGGGAUGUGGGGGACCAGCAGCGAAGAAGUGGGCGUCUGGUGGCCGCUGUGGAGGGCCUCGCCGGAGACGAUGGGAACAGGGCGAUGCUGGGCCAAGAGUUUAGCCGGGCGGAGCUUCGGCUCAAGGACGACGACCAGGAGAACGCCGCUCUGCGGCGCACCGCGGCAGUGGCGGAGGAGGCGGAUUUGGAGGACUCAGCGCUGGGGUUGGACCGCAGCGACUUCGAGCGCGCCGGGCUGGCGGAGAAGCGCCUGGAGCGCACCAACUCCAUGCGCGACAUCAACCUGGACAGCGCCCUGGCGAUCCUCGCCAAGGGUGGGUCCCACGGCACCAGAGGGCGAGACCCCUUGGCGCCCCGCGAGGGCGGGUGCCGCUUGCAGCUCAUCGCCGACGUGAGCGCCGACUUGCUGGAAGGCAAUGACCCCAAGCACCGCAUCUGUGCGCCGGUGAAGGGCAUCCUGCGCAAGGCCAGGACGGCGGUGAAUGCGAAGGCGGCUUCGUCGGUGAAGCAUCUGCGGCUUGCUCCUGAGGCCUUGGAGGAGCGGCGGUUUUUGUUCAGCGUGCAACUGCUGCAGAAGCACCUGGAUGGCCUCCGCACGGAGGAUGUGCACGAGCUGCUCACGGUGCUGAAGGUGCUGCAGCACGGCGGCACGGAGAUGGGCCUGGUGACGCGGGGCCUGAGGCUCUUGAGGUCCUUCCUGGAGGAGCACCUCAUCCUCCACGACCGCGCCAUUCAGCAGAACAUGGUGCAGAUCGUGGUGGACGUGAUGCGGCAGCAGCCCGAAGUGGACGUGCUGACGUUGGGCGUGGCCGUGCUGUGUGCAGUGCUCUCAGGCGCCGCCCAGCGGGGCGUGCUGGGCCUUGAGGCCCAAAGCCUCGUGGGCAGCUCCAGCCUCGCGGCCACGCAGACGCAGGACUUGGUGACCAGCGUCUCCCGCUCCGGAGGUGUGAUGGCCAUCCUGGACGGCAUGCAGCGCUUCGGGGCCUGCGAGGGGCUCCAGGAGCGGGGCUGCGUCUGCCUGGCGCUGCUCACCGCCGGCUCCGAGGACAACCAGGUCUCCCCGGACUACGCCAAGGGCCGGCACCAAGAGAGCUCGGUGCUGCUUCGGAGCCAGUCGCGGCAUCUGGUAGUCCGACAAGGGGGCAUAGAGCUGCUGUUGGGCGCCAUGCGCCGCUUCAUGCGCAGCUGCUCGCUGCAGCGAGCCGCGUGCCUGGCGCUGGGGCAGCUGGCGGUGUCCGAGCUCAAGGUCAAGGAGGGCGCUGCCGAAGAGGGCGCCAUCACCUUGCUGAUGCAGGUGCUGCGCCAGCACCGGCGCGACGCCUGCGGCGCGCCCCGCUUCGCCGCCCAUGCGGUGCGCCACUUUGCGUGCCACUCCCUGCAGACCAAGGGCCUCAUCGCCCAGCAGGGUGGCGUUGAGGAGCUGCAUGAGCUCGCGCAGCGUGGCUUGGAGGCAUCGGGCGACCGGGCAGCGGCGACAGAGGCGCUGGGGGCGCUUUGCCACCUCGCCUCGAAGCAUGCGGAGAACAAGCUCCGGAUCUUCGACGCCGGAUGUCUGGAGUUGGCCUUCGACGCCUUGAAAGGCGACGGGCGAGGCGCGGCCAAAGCGCCGGCGGAGAACGAGGUGGAGGUCGAGACGGAGGCCGAGGCCAUGCCGGAGGCAGAGCUGGCCAUGGCGGCGUGCGGGCUGCUGCACAACAUGUCGGUGGACCCGGCGAUCCGGGGCCAUGUGGUGAAGCUGGGGGGUCGGCUGGCGGCUCAGCGCCUGCAGGGCCACCCAGACGCCCCGGUGAAAAACUUGGCCAAGCUGCUUGCGAAGACCCUGAAGCCGCCGGAGGACUCGGGGGACCCCUUCGGCGCCUUGUUCGCCACCCGCACCCCGGGCCUCUCCGCGCCGCGGCGGGUGGCCUCCAAGAAGGAGCGGCAGAUCCGGAGCCAGAUCACCUCGCAGUACGAGGGGACCGAGGAAACUGACCGCGUGUGAGCGAGCUUCGUUUCGCCUGCGAAGUUGGGGUGCGGGGCAUGGCGAGC